AUGCUUCAUGCCAGACUGAUGGAAGAAGAUGAGGAGGAAGAAGAAAACGAAGAAGAGAACAGUCCUAAAAUGGCACCGACGCUGGAUUGCACCACUCACCCUCAGCAGUGUUGGUCUUCCAAUGGCCAGUCCAAUCAGAGACAGGCAGAGCCUGUAAGACGAUACACUCCACUGAUGAGUGAACCAAAAGUCCAAGCUCAAGAGCCCAGUCGCAUGUCAGGAAACCCUACUGUGGUGGACGAUGUUCUGGAAAAGAUCCUCAACAAUGACCCAGAUACCACCGAGGUCAACCUCAACAACAUUGAAAACAUCUCCCAAGACACUCUUAUCCGAUUUGCCGAAGCCUUACGCUUAAACACACACGUACGUUUCUUUAGCCUUGCAAACACACAUGCAGAUGACCAGGUGGCUUUUGCCAUUGCCAAGAUGCUGAGAGAAAACAGCAACAUCACAAAUCUUAACAUUGAGUCCAACUUUAUUACAGGGAAGGGUAUCCUGGCACUGGUGCAAGCCCUCCCUCGAAACAGUACACUUACGGAAAUGCGAUUUCACAAUCAGAGGCACAUUUGUGGAAGUCAGGUGGAAAUGGAGAUUGUAAAGUUACUGAGGGAGAAUACAACGCUGAUAAAGUUGGGUUACCAGUUCGACCUUGCAGGCCCUCGUAUAAGCAUGACGACCAUUCUUACCCGCAACCAAGACCUCCAGAGACAGAGGAGAAUGCAGGAGCUGCGCCAACAGCAAGGAGGUGCAGCAAUGCCAACAAACCAAAGAACAGUCGCCCUUCAGAAGAGCACGACCGCCUCUUCUCCUUACGGCUCCCCUCGGAGUUCACCAUGGUCAUCUCCAAAGUUACCACACAUUGACAUGGCAAAGAAGGACGCUCCCCCUGCUCCUCCACCUCCCCCACCACCACCUCCUCCUCCUCCUCCUCCGCCACCCAAGGUCUUCGUCCCAGAGAAGGCCGCUCCCACCAGAAUGAUCGCAGAAGUCAUCAAACUGCAAGAGGGGACUUCCAAAAAACAGCAGCAUAGUUCCACCAAAUCUAAACCCAAAAAGGGCAAAAAAGGGGCUGCAAAGCAAACAGAGACUGACAGCAUAUUAAAGGAACUGAAGAACGCUUUGAGACCCAUCAAUGACCGAGAGAACUCCAGACCGUCCACACCUCAACGCUGUGCUCAUGAUGAACUCAUGGCCUCCAUCAGAGGCAGUAGCAUCAAAAAACUCAAAAGGGUGGAGGUUCCAAAGUAUCUUCGGUAACCAGGCUGUAAGUCUGAACAGGAAACCCAUCUCCAGAGCAUCAUCUGCAAAAACAUCUGUAAAUACAGACAGUGUGCUUUUCUCAGAAUCACACCAACCUUCAGAAAAAUUCUGGUCAAUGCAGGUGUUUGGGGAGUUUGCGUUAAAUGUUCCAAGACAGUGGCACAACAGUCAAAUUCUGUAAAUGUCCACUUGAUCACAACAGGGCCUUGUUUAAUUUAAAACAACAAGGUUUUCCGUUUUGACGAUUGACCUGGAUAUUUGCACUGUAUUCAUUUUUUUAUUGUUAUUACUAUUAGUAAUAGUGGUAGUUUCUGCUGUUGUUGUGAUUGUACUUUCAUGUUUUUAAAUGAAAAAUCUA